AUGGCCUUACAGGCCCCAGUAGUUAUCCUUUCAAUUGCAUUAACUGUGAUCGCUCAUGCUGCGAAUAUUCAGAGCAUUUACCCAAACAGAGGAUCGACUGAAGGCGGAACCUUUCUGGUCAUCUCCGGGUCAGGCUUUAUGAUGCCUGUCGAGGCGAAUCCUUGGGACUCGCAGGUGGUGUUUGUUGGCACAAAGAUUUGCAACAUUCACGCCCACUACACAUCUUCAAAUCGAAUUGUUUGCGAGACAACUCCUCAUGAUAUUCCAGCUGAGAGUUCUGAGUCACUGACUGUCAGCGUGCAAACCUUUGGCGGUCUUGGCUUGGCUGGAUUUGCGUCAACGAGCAGCGCUUUCCAGUACAACUGGUAUGAUACACCUCUGUUCUUCUGGUCAGAUGGAUGGGCUGGCACCGGAGGCGACGUUGUCGCUUUCCAGGGGGAUGUCUAUCCUGGAGCGAGUGUGGCCGGACAGUUUGACAUCCGGAUAGGCGGCGCUCGCUGCGUAGUAGAUCAAGAGAACUAUCCAUUGUCCUCAAGAAGAAGAAGUUCCCUGAAACGAGUCCAAUGUAAACUUCCAGAUGACGAUUUGCUCUCACCUGGCCACUACAACGUAACCAUCCGAGUUGGUAGCCUGGACCGUGAAGAUGGGAGCUGUCCCAACGCUUUGUGCUUUCCUUACACCCAAGAGCAGGCUGGCACAUCAUACGGCUAUGGGAUGGCAGCAAUUGUUCCAACCGUGACUAGCGAUAGCAUCGGAAAAAUGAAGAGGGUGUGGGGCGGCUCCAUGGACGUUGCGACGGGGCAGACGUACCACUACACCAUUUACCCACAGGUCAAUGCAAUCUCACCUCUGGAAGGAAGCUGGUUUGGUGGCAACAACCUGACGCUCACCGGAAGCUCAUUUGCUGCCGACUUGGACUCCAUUGAAGUCACCGUGGGCGGUGAACCAUGCACUGUCCUCGAAGCCACGUAUUCGCAGAUUGUGUGUCGUUUGGGCAGCUGGCAAAAUGCUGGACGGGGCAGUGGAAUGCGCGGGCUGAUGAAUGCUGUCUAUGGCGCGGAUGGUUACAGCCGACGUAGACGGAUGUCAUGGUCCAUCGAUUCAGUGCCCUCUGUGCAGGAUCGCUACUUGAUAUCUUCGAGCCUCUACAAGGGAAGCUUGGAUUCUCUCAAUUCGGAUGAUCCCUAUGAUUACGACACUCUGUCCGAUCACCAGAUGCGUGAGCUCACUGGAUUCUUGGUUCCACCACUAACUGCCAGCUAUUCCUUCUAUAUUUGUGGCGAUGAUCAAGUCUCAGUGGAGAUUGGAAGCCAACAAGGCAGUCCCACGGAGACGCUACAAAUCGUUGCCAGCAGCAGCUCAUGGGACACCGGCUCUGACUAUGGGCUUAUCUCUCCACAUUGUUGGUAUUAUCGUCAGGACCUGCAAAGUCUUCCUGACCUAUCAGGACCCACCAAGAAGAUUUCUGAGCCCAUCUUCCUGCAAGGUGGGAUGCGAUAUCCCUUCCGCUUGAGGCACCUUGGCCAUGGAGGAUCGAACUUUUUCCGAACUGGCAUCAAGGUGUCUGGCUUGAGCUCAGCCACCACAGCAGAUGGUAGCAUGCUGAAUGCCGGUCAGGUUGAAGGGAUGACGCUCGUGAUGCCUUCGAUGGAAGUUCAGGCAAUUCGGCUGAUUGCCGAUGGCGUCCUUCGCGAGAAGCAUUGGAUUGAGCUGGCAGAUGUGACCCAAGCAGGAAGCUUCCGCAUUCGUAUUACCGGGAAGCAGGGGCAGGAAUCCACCAUGUCCUUUGCCAAUUCGGUGGAUCCUGGCACAGUCAGGGAUGGUGUUCGAGACGCCCAAGUCAUCAUUUCUGGAGAGGAGCCCUACAGGUUGCACGACUGCAGAAGUUUGAGCGUAGACACCAAUGAGACUGGCAAUGCCCGUCGCUUUACCCUCACAUUCAACUGUCCACUGGAGGCCAGCACCGAACGGUGGGUUUCGAUCAGCAUCGUGGCAGCUGGAAUGGGUGGUGCUACUGCCGGCCAAUCACAACAGGCGACAGCUCCACUGAGCGGCACCUUUCAAGUGGGGCACAGUGGAACAUGGAGCAGUCCCAUCCAGGCUCGCUCUGCCACUACCAGCUGGAGCUCUCUGACCCGGCAGAUUGCGGACAUCCGCAGAGCACCGGGCCAUGAGAACGGUGAACUGGAACUGGAGUGCUGGAAACAUCCUGAUGGAUGGAGUAGUGGCGAAUCAUUCCAAGUACUUGUGCGGUUCCGCCGGCCUUUGGGAAAUGUGCCACUACUUGAAGUCAACAGAACAGGACUAGAAGGAACGGGCUUCAAAUUGGAGGUAUACCCUGUGGAAGAUGGUGAUUCAGAUGCGAUUUUCAUAGAGCGGGUACCUGCAGAUAUGUUUGAGGCACCUUACCCAGCUGAUCCUGAAGUACUGCCGGUUCGAUUGGUGGUGAAUGGCAUUGUUGGUGGGAUUGGAGGGAACAGCGUACUUGGAUACAAGUAUUCGAGCGCUUUGGUGCCAGUCCUGCUGAGUGUGACUCCAACUGUGGUUGGUUCCAACGGAACACUGACCUUGGUGGUAAACAACAUGACGGCGUAUGACAGCACCAGUGGAGGAAAUUGGACAAAGGAUGUGAUCGUGGUGCUGGGAGACAACGUUGGCACUUGCGAGGACACGCAAGAAGUUUCAGUAGACACCGAUGGCAUCACCCUCACUUGCGUGCUUCAGAAUGUCGUCGCUGGCAUGCACACCGUCCAUUUGGUGUCCAUCACACAGGGGCAGGCUGACCCUGCACAGGCACCAAGUAUCUCAGUGGAAGCUGUGGUAGAUACUGUCAGCGGCUUGACGGGCUCGUUGGCCGGCGGCACCGUCCUAGAAUUGACAGGUGUUGGCUUAGAAGGUCUGCCCUGUUCCGACCUGUUGGUUGCUGGAGUGGCUUGCACUGACCUGGCGGCCAGCAAGAUUGAGGUCAUGAGUAGCGCCUCUCUGGUUUGUCUAACACCUGCACUGAGCGGCUUUGAUCCUUCCCUGUCUGGUCAAGCAAGCUGGCCUUCAACUUCGGAUGGCGAGAUCACUCUGGCGCAACCGCCGGGCAACACUGUGGUGCUUGCUACCUUCACCUAUGAAUCUGCCUCAACCCCACUGUUGAGUGCAGUGAGCCCCACCUUCUACUCAUCGGCUCUCAGCACCACCAUCACCCUCAGCGGCAGUGGCUUUAGCAACGGAGCUGGGAAAACAGCUCUUCCCAUUGUCCAAUUUGGCGCUCGAAUGGGAGAGGUGACGUCCCAGGAUGAUACCUCCCUGGCAGUGUGGUUGAUCAGAGCAGCACCAACGCCACCAUUGGAGGCGAUCGUGGUGCCAUCGGCUUGGAUUCCUGGCAAGGGUUUUGCAGCAGUGAGCGGAGUGACCUUCGAGUCUCGCUUUGAGGUCACGGGGAUCUCUCCACUGGUUGCUUCGAAGGCUGGUGGCGUCAUUGUGACUAUCACUGGAGCUGGCUUCCAUCCAACAAACGCUUCCAAGCAUUUGAUCAACUUUGAGCUUGUGGAUGGCAUGCUGAGACCUUGCGAGGUGUUGAGCGGAACUCCAACGUCGCUCACUUGCCGUUUGAAAGGUGGUGCAAAGCAGGAGAACAUCGAGACUGCUAAACUCUACGCAGACGAAAAGUUCAUGCGUCGCCUUUCUGAUGACGCUGAGUCCAAGCAGUCGCAAGGCUCUAAGCUGCGCUGUCAUGCUGGAGGUAAUGACCACUCGAAGGUGAGAUGUUUUGCCCUGGCUGCGGCUAGAGCUGGAAGUCUUCGAUCCUUGCCUUCCAACACCAUUGGAGGGCGCACGGGCGACAUGUUGGAUUGGAUUCGACGCUCCGAAUUGGAAGGUGACCAGGGAAGGAUGCUGGAUCCAGUCUACAACCUGGACGCCGUGCCGGAUGAUGCGUUUGUGUUUGGACCUGACACGGAAGAUGGAGAGCCAGCGAGGCGACUGGAAGACGCGAGCACCCUGCAGAGAGUGGCGGACUUCCAGGGUCUACCGCGCUGGGGUGUUGCCAGCGACGAGGCAGAAGACUACCGCUUGAUGCACAUGCGGACCAAACAUUUCCAUGGAGCUCGCUCAAUGAAGAAAAGCUCGGAGGUCACAAAUGGAGAGAUCUCCGAGGACUCAGAUGUCCCAGACCUGCAACGACUUCUGUCGAGUUUUGCAGGGGACGUGAGUGAUGACAACAGCACCAACGAGACGGAUGACAGCGAAAGCAAGAUCGAGCAACUUACUUUGUCUCUGAUGUUGAACGGAGUGAUGCCCACUUGCAAAGUCGUGGGAGGAUGUGGGAUGAACUUGACGGAUGAAGCCACACCCUUUGUUGAGGAUGUCCAACCUCUUAGCGGCUCUUAUGCUGAUGGGGUCAACGUGAUUAUCACAGUUGCGCAGUCUCACAUGCCUCAGGAUGUGCAAGUCUUCUUCGGUCCCUUCGAGUGUCCCAACCCCGUUGUGACCAGUCCAAAGCCUGGGAGAUGGACGAUUACUGUGCCCCUUUGCUCCUUUGAAGCCUCGGAAACGCCCGUCUAUGUGCUGACCCAGACAGGUUAUGCCAUUGGAGGAUCUCCACAUACUGGUGCCAGCUUUAGCUUCAAACAGACCUUGCAACUCCAUCGGAUAACUGCGAGUUCAGGCUCCUUCUAUGGUGGAACCCUGGUGUCCAUCAGUGGGGCAGGUCUGGGACCCACGGCGGACAUGAACUAUGCCACAGUGGGGGGAUAUCCUUGCGAGGUGACCUCAGCCAGCAAUGACCAGAUUCAGUGCUACACACCUUCAGCACCUCUGGAGCUGGCGGACGCCAAUGUUUCGAUGAGGACGCAGGAAGUGAAAGUGCAGGUCUUGUCGGCGCAAGUUUCCUCACAGCCGGGGUUGAUUGCGGAGUAUUUCUACUUCGCUCAGAGCGGUACUCUGCCGAACCUCGAUGGGCGACUUCCAGAUCAAAAACGCAUUGAAGCCAUGGUAGACCAUCCCAGCACUAGCAGUGAGUGGUUCACCGGCAUGAUCGACAGUGAUAACUUUGCAGUGAGAUUGACGGGCUUUGUGAGCAUCAGAACGACUGGCCAAUAUACCUUCUUCUUGGCCUCGGAUGAUGGAAGCAAGUUGUACUUCAACGGUGCCAUGGUCAUUGAUAAUGAUGGAACUCAUUCCAUGAGGACGCGUAGCUCCCUGCCGAUUGACUUGCAGGGCAAUAGCUUCAACAGAAUCACGAUCCUCCACUUUGAGGGCGGGGGUUCAGCUGGACUGAGAUUGCAGUACAGCGGUCCAGACACGGGUGGACAGCUGAUCACUGUCCCCAGCUCCGCCUUGUCUCAUGGGGAAUAUGAGGACCUGCCCACCCUGACUUACACCUAUGAUGAUCCCGCCACUUCUCCCUAUAUUGAGAACUUGACAGAGACAGGCCCGGUGCUUGAACUUGAUGGAGCUAGGUUUGGCAGUGUAGGAACGGUGACGCUGGGAACUGCCAGCAACCCCUCUACGAACUUCCAAUGCACUGUGACAACUUGGAGUGAUACCCAGAUUGUUUGCACCAGGCCAGACUUGCCUUCCGGCGUUUGGCAGGUCAGGGUCCAUUCAGAGACAAGUGGCUGGUCCAAUCCUGCACCCGCUCAGGUGUGGGUUGACUUGACGGUUACCUCGGUUGAGUCUAAUGGCAUCACGGUGUCGGCCACCACUGCAUCAGAGCCAUGGAUUCUUGUGAUGAAAAUCUCGCAAGGAGGAGUGCUGGGAUAUGAGUCCGAGUUGUGGACCAAUACUGAGCUGUUGAACCCAGAUUCCCCCGAAGAUAUGCCUGACAAUGCCAAAUACCAGGCAUUUUUGGACACCCCCUUCAAGCGGCUCCGUGCCUGCGUUGGCAGUUCCAACGGCAAAUGUGUUCAUCACAGCUUUGAUGUGGAAUGGUCCAGUGCCAAAGACAUUUUUUCGGCUGGCUACAUUCGAGACCCUCGAGUGGAUCAAGCGGGCUUGAUUCAGGCACUGGGUGCCACCCCCGGCUCCUACCGUGCUUGCCCUAUGCUCUUUCCGGGCUUCAACGUGGAAUGUCCUGACUACAACAAGGCCCGUUGGGGUUUCUGUGCCAACUGCCCCAGCCAAUCCUGCCAGUCUGAGUCCUCCGAUGCCGAUGCGGCAGUGGGGAUUGGAUUGAGGGGUCAGAGCUCACCAGUAGUUGGGGCUGGAUGGACCAGUUACUUUGCCAGUGGCGGUGGAACCUGUUCCGCCACGAGUGAAGUACACAGAGACGUGUGGCUUUGGGUCGAAAACGUCAACGUCGUCAAUGGCGGUGUGAACGGGCAGCUCUACAGUGGCUAUGGUGGAGGUGUGACUCUGACCAUCCAGGGAAGCGGUCUUGGCUUUCAGCCGGCUCAGAGCAAAAUCACUGUUUGUGGAGAGCCAUGUGAAGUCUCUGUCAGCGAUGGGACAACCCUCCAAUGUGCUGCACCCUCCAUGACAGACCAAGAUUUCAUCAACGCCUUCCCAGAUGCAUUUCCUUCUAUUGAUCUGGCACAGGUGGCUGCCAAAUUCUACACAGAUCGGGGAGAGCAUGAAGCGCAGUUGUCCAAACUGGCUUUCACUUCCCCAAUUGAUCAACAGAUCGACAUGUCCAUGGGCUCUGGACAGCGCAGCGGCUGUUGGUUUGGCUUUGAACUGCCGCCCAGCAAGGAGGCCUUUGUGACAGCGGUGGAUUUCUUCCCACCCACGAAUCCAAGUCGCCGCAACAAGGUGGUCGAGACGGUGUUCGAGGUCAGAAGCUUCUCGGGGAAUUUGACCUGGGUGGAGGUGGCCAAUGUCAAAGACACCGUAUGGACAGGCGAAAGCAUCGCGCAAGGAUGGACUUCGUAUCCCAUCAACGGUCCCGGGGUGAAUGGCACUGCGGUCGCGCAAGCCUUCCGGAUUCGACUUUUGCCUGAUGCUUGUGAAAGUACAGGUGAGUUGAUGCGUGGGGUACGUUUCAGAGGAAUCCUGCUGAAUAAGGGCGACGCGUCGGCCUGUCCCAUCGAAGUGGACCGCAUUUCACACCCCUUGGCGUCCGCCGUUGGAGGGUCUGCCCUGUUGCCCGUGACCCUGUCCUAUAGCUUGGCGAGAACUCCCCAAGUGACCUCGCUCAGCCCCAACCGUGGCACGGCGCGGGGAGACACGCUGGUGACAUUGUAUGGAGAAGGAUUGGAGCCUCUGGACUCCCAAGGAGUUGCCACAGAUCUCACCAGCACGAACGCCGUCAUCAACUUUAACGGCUAUGAUUGCGUGCCCCAAGCCGCCAAUUCCAGCGCCUUGAGCUGCAUGACGACCGAGCGAAAUGCUGGCAUCAAUGUGCCGUCCACCAGCGUUUUCCUGGAAGGUCGAGGAUAUGCCAUCAUCUCUGAAAGGGCAGAGGAUACAGUGUUCAGGUACGUCGACAGGUGGAGCAAUAUCUACAGCUGGCUGGAGUCUGAACCUCCUGUUGAUGGAGACAGUGUGGUCGUUCCAGAAGGUCAGGCAAUUAUGCUUGACCAGAACUCUCCCCAGCUUUUCUUGCUGCUGAUCUCUGGCUACUUUGAAUUUGACCGGCAAGAUUUGAUGCUGAACUCCACCUACAUUUGGAUUGCAGGUGGAAGUUUUUACGUGGGUUCCGAGGCUGCACCCUUCUUACAUCAGGCAACCAUUACCUUGCACGGAGACCGUUGGAACACCAUCGAACUUCCAGUGAUCGGCUCCAAAAUGCUGGCAGUGACUGACCUGGGCGGCUUGGGCACAUGCGCUCAUUUAUACAAGAGGGAGAUUCGCCUUUCGUCCAAAGGAAAUUUCUACGUGGAUCCAUGUCCCGUGAAGUUGGUUGGGCGGAUGGAACUUCAUGGCAAGCCAAGCAUCUCUUGGACUCGAUUGGUGGAAACUGCAGAAGCAGGUUCCAGUCUAUUGAAGAUCGAAGAGGCAGUCGAUUGGGAAGUUGGAACGGAGCUGGUGAUCACCCCCACUGAGAGAGGACAGACGGAGGAGGUCCGCAGGGUGCUGAGCAUCGAGGAUAAUGGUUUGACCAUUCGGUUGGAUGAACCACUGAGACAUGAGCACUUGGGAAUUUGGUACUUCAACGAGGAGAUUCCAACACCAACUGACCUCCGUGCAGCUGUAGGAAGGCUCACUCGCAAUGUCAAGGUGCAAGGCGAUGAAAGAUCACUGGGAUAUGGAAACGCCUACAUGUUUGGAGUGCACAUCGGUGCUUUCCACGGUGGCGUCAUGCGGAUUGAGAACACUGAAAUCACUCGCAGUGGGCAGGCCGCCAACUUCGGCCGCUAUUCCUCCCAUUGGCACGUCCUGUCACCUCAUCGAACUGUGGAUGUUGUCGAUUUGGCAUACCUCCGCAAUAACAGCUACCACCACACGUUCCAGCGAGCGGUGGUGGUUCAUUCCACAGACUUCACGGUGGUCAGGGAUAAUGUGGCGCUUCAAACGAAGGGCCAUUCCUACUUCACUGAGGCGGGAGAUGAGGUCUUCUCACUCUACGAACAUAACCUGGCUGUUCAUCCACUUCAGCAUCCCCUUCUGUUGGACGACGACAUGGAUCCAGCAGGUUUCUGGCAGGGAGGUUUCCAGGGCUGGCAUCGCUCGAACUUGGCUUCCAACUGCCACCGUGGAUGGCGGGUGCGAUUGAUCAGUGGUCCUGCAGGGGGCCAAACGGACAUGACCUUCUUCAACAACUCAGCGCAUGCCUCUGGCUUUGGCUGGCAUUUGAAACCUCCACAUGCUCCGCCAACCUUAAACAACUUCAAGAGCUUCACGGCCUUCCGCUGCAACACUGGAAUGUUCUACUAUGGAACUGGCAACAUCUUCCAUGAUGAUCAUCGAUUCAUCGAAUGUGGGACUGGCCACUUCAUGAACCACCUGUCCAACAAUUUGCACACCGCGCCUUUCUAUCACAACUUGGUUUUGGUGGGCAACAUUGAUCCUUACGCCAUGCAUUCCAGGAUGGGCCGUGGUAUCCGAUCGGCCAAGGACAACGAGUAUUUCUAUGUUUCUGGUGUGACCAGCAUCAAUUUGCACGAGAGCGCCGCCUUUGAAGGGUGCUUUCAGACCACUUGCACCAUGAGAUAUGAGCGUGCCCGAUGGUUCAACAGCAGCAAGCGCACCUUCAGUGACAGUGGCAAGAUGGCUGGCAUCUUUUGGGACCUGGAUGGCACCUUGACGGGAUAUCCCAAUGGCUUUGUCUCCAAGUACUUUGAGUUCAACACCUUUCCAGGAAAGUGCAACGUGUCCUCGGAACACGUGAAUGGUGUGGUAUGUGGCGCUGCGGAUGGCUCAUUGAGGGUACGCACAAUGAAGGUGAACAACCAGGAACCAUGGCAGCUGGAUGGAAAGCAGAUGAAUGUCCUCAGUUCUUCGGGCUUUGAUCAGGUCAGCUACGACUUCUUCAAAGUGAAGGGCUGGGCCUUUCCGAUGGUGGAGAACCAGACCUACGACAUGCGGGUGAACGAUCCCAACGACUUCCAGAGAUUGAGCUUGCAGUAUUCUGUGCGACCCUAUGUCAUGGAAGCGCAUGGAUAUGGGGCUGGACCUUCAUACACCAACACUACACCCAAGUCGGAGGACGUCCUGGUGCAUUUGAACUACACAGAUUGGCGCGAUCACUUUGACGGCACCACAGGGUCAGCAGCUCAGAAUCUCCAAUUCCGCCACUGGGAUGAGACCAACAUGCCACGUGACACCAUGAGACCCGGUGAGUGUCGCGCAUUUUGGCUCCAGGGUGGUUGGGUGCGCUAUGGCCCAUGGCGCUCAGCUCGUCGCUCCCAAAAGGUCUUCGCUGCUUCGAAGUCGAUGGCUGUCGAGGAAGAAUCCUCCAAGGAGGUGAUUGUUGAUUGUGCACGUCGUUCUGGAGAUGCAAAGGUGGAAUCGGGGCCUGGUCAAGUGGUGUACUGGCUCCCUAUGACCGAAGCCAACAUGCAGGAGGCCUGUCGGUCAUACCUGAAGGAAUAUGGCCCUGGCUUGCUGGAAGCAUUACAAUCUGGAAAGGUCAUUGCAGUCCAUUGUCAAGAAGGAGUGCAUCGAUCUGUGGAGUUUGCAAAGCAGCUGCAAGCACUUGCCGCGCAGGACUUCGCAGCUCCGCGAAAGCUUGAAUCACUGGAAGAAGAUGGUCCUGAAGAUGAGCCUGAAGAUGACUCUCAACUGAAUGCUUCAAUUCCUUUUUGGACAGAUUCUUGACGAUACUGCACUCACCUCGUUUGAGUCCUGAAAUGUUCGAUGGUCUCAUUCGGGUCGUUUCGCGAGGAUGCGAAACCUGAGACCUGAAGAAGUCGAGAAUGGGCAUGAGCGACAGCGAGAUCAGCGAUGAGCUGUACACACUUUGAGCAUCAAACGACUCCUUUGGCGCAAAGAUGCCUAGCAAUCGAAGACCAAAGGGCUCAGCUCGGCUGCGCUGCCAUCCCAAUCUCUUCAG